ACUUUGCUCCAAAACAAAUACUUUUCCCAGAAGCUGGCAGUAAAGGAAGGGAGGGAGAGAGGGAGCCGGAUGAUAAAAGGGACUCCAAACGGAAUCGAGAGAGGGGAGCAUGCGAGUUGGUGGGUGCACAGAUAGCCCCAAACCGACCGACCGACCGACCAGCUGUCAAAGGGAAGCAACAAAGAGUUGGAGGCGUGCGAACCUCACCCACACUCCAGAAGCGCACACGCACACACACAGCAACAAGGAGAGAGCCAGUCGGACGUCCAUUCAUAAUGGGAGUGUGAAAAUGUGCAUGACAAUGUUAUUCCGAAGUCGUUUUCUAUUCCUGCUGGCAGUGGCAGCUUUGUUGGCUGUCCUGAGCCUGAGCCUACAGUUCUCCUCAACCCGUAGAGAAGUCAGGAUGAGACCAGCUGGAGAUAGGAGAACUAGAGAGAGGCGAGUGGGAAAUCCGCGAUGGAAAGCCCAGGAGAAACCAAAGAGCAGGAAUGGCCCAAGAGCAGUGCAUCUGAUUCCUGUGGCUACAUCAAAAGGGGAUGGAAUGGUGGCUAAAAUCAGGAAGCAAAUUUCAGCAAAUGUGUACACCACCCCUCCCAGCCUGGAUCCCAUUUAUGAAGCCUACCUGUACUGCAACCUACCGAAUAACACUGACCACGGCAUGGAAGGACAUGCACCACCAGACUACAAGCUACUAUCGGUUCAUGUUAUGAUUCGCCAUGGUGACCGCUAUCCACUCUAUGCCAUUCCAAAGACAAAAGCACCCGCCAUUGACUGUACGCUUAUCCCUGGCAGGGAACCUUCUCAUCGGCUGCUGAAGGACUUUAUAAAGACCAGGAACAAUGCAGCUAAGGGCCAAUUGGACAGCCCCUUGAACAACAUUGCUCUCCUUCCCAGCCACACUGUUUGCGAGAUGGGGGAACUAACACAAACAGGUGUAGUCCAGCAUCUCCUGAAUGGGGAACAUUUGCACGGCAAGUACAUUAGGAAUCACAGGCUGCUGCCCGACAACUGGACAAUGAAGCAACUGUACGUGGAAUCGACAGGGAAGAGCCGUACACUGGAGAGCGGGCUGGCACUACUGUACAGUCUGUUGCCGAGAUUUGACUGGGGUAAGAUCCGGGUCCGUCACCAGUGGAGCACCAUCUUCUGCUCCAACAGUUGUGACUGCCCCAUGCGCAACCACUACCUGGAGGAAGAACAACGGCGACAGUACAACCUGCGCGUGAAGAAUAACGAGUUGGAGCGGACGUACAUCGAGAUGGCAAAGAUUGUGGGGGUCCCCACCAGGCAGCUGAGAGCGGCCAACCCCAUCGACUCGCUGCUGUGCCAUUUUUGCCACAACGUCUCGUUUCCCUGCACCGAACAGGGAUGCAUCAAACUGGAGCACUUCAGGGCCAUCAAGGCCCAUCAGCUAGAGGACGAGCAAGACAGGCAGAGAAAGAAGCUGUACUAUAAGUAUGCACUGCUUGCAACCCACCCGAUAUUAAACCAGACCGUCACACGCAUGCAGCGGAUCACGCAGGGAAUGAAGGACGAGAUAUUUGCUCUUUACUCCGCCCACGACGUCACAGUGGCGCCCAUGCUAAGUGCUUUGGGCAUCACCCACGCCAGUUUCCCUCGAUUCGGUGCCCGGUUAAUCUUCGAAAUUUGGCAAAACGGAAAGGACAAAAAGAAGAACUUUGUGCGCAUCCUUUAUAACGGUGACGACGUCACAUCCCAGACCUCGUUCUGUUCCGGACUCAAAGCACAUUCCAAACGCCUCUGCCGUUUCGAGAAUUUUUUAAAUUUUGUACGAAAGGAUGUGUUUGCCGUUUUCAACAGCACAAACUAUUACGAUGCAUGCCACAGGAGGGUGUUUUGAGUAUUUCAACUGGUGGAGAUUCAGUGUAAUUGCUAUGUGUUGUGAAUUUUAAUUGUUACAAAUUGGAACUUGUGACAUUGUUUGAUGAUAAUAUUCUUUCUCCGAUAGCAGAGUUAUUUUAUUUCCAGUGACAAUAAAAGAUCAUGUGGAUUAGUUUACAUGAUUUUGCCUUUCAG